AACAGCAGCAAACAUUCUCACAAACCCUCUCUCUCUCUCUCUCUCUCAGAGUAAUGGUCACUGCAAUUAGUUGCUUCUUUUCUUCUUCUCCCUCUUCUUUCCAACGCAACAUAAAUCUCAAGUUGAGGUUAUCGCUCCACCGCCAAAGAGUCGCUCACUGGACAAUAUAUGACAAAGACAAAUCCAGUCAGUAUAUACACGGAGUACCAAAGUUGAGAGGAAGGCACCAGAAACAGCAUGCUUGGGUGCCAGAAAAGCAUGAUUCUAUUUCUGAAAACAUCUUUCCUAUUAACAAAUCAUGUUUUCAUUUAUCCCAAAAUGGUGGAAAGUCAAGACUAGUCCCCUUUUGUGACCUUAACAGAGAUAACGAAGUCAUUUCAUCAAAUUCAGAGAGGACUCAGAACAGCGCAUCAUGGAUGUUGGGUCCUGCUAUCCUAGUUGCUUCUUUCAUUUUGCCUCCUCUCAUUUUGCCUAAAGUAAUGCUUAACAAUUUUGGAGAGUCGUCGUCAUUAAUUUUACUCCUAUUAUUCUUCACAGAAGCAACUUUCUACAGUGGAGUUGCGGUUUUUCUUCUUCAACUGGACUCUUUAAUGAGACGCAGACAACCAAAUCAUUCUGCAAACAAAAGUGUUACUUUUAGCCCACAAUUGGGAUAUCAAAUCUCUUCCGUUGUUACCAUGGUGCUUAGUAUAACAAUUCCAAUAGCCACAAUGAUUUUGGCCUUGCAAUGGACUUUCCCUCUCGUCCCCACGACUUUUGUUCCACACCUGGUUGGUAUACUUGUCCAAUUCACAUUUGAGCGGCUUGCAAGAUAUUGGAAGUCACCAUCAUGGGCUGCUAUUUCUUUGAUCUUUCAUGCAUAUAGAUUUCACCAAAUCCAUCGUGCUGUAAAUCUGCUAACGUAUAUUUCAUUUGAAAGUGGAAGAUCUGAGGUUGCAAAAAGCAAACUGCCUGCAGGCAGUUUGGUAACACUUUCAAAUAUCCUUUACUUGCUUCUUGUGAUUUGCUUUUGGUCUUUCUCAAGCUUCCUGAUGAGACUGUUUCUGGAACUAAAUAGUGAUGCCAAGUUGAUGUAAGGUUUGUUAGUAUCAUUUCACAGCUGAAAACAGCCCAACUCAUCUUUGGGUUACUUAGUCGUUUUUUUUGGUGAUAAACCAUCUGAUUGGAAGGAAUUGAUCCUCCCGCUAGUUUACUACUGAUUGUGAUGGCUAGAACUUGUACAUAAUGGAUUUUCAGUGUAGAAAAGCAAAUGAAGAGAUAUCAUAGGUAGUUCUAUUUCCGCGGCCAUACAAAUUAUAACCCUUACAACUAGUUACAUAUUUCCUGUGUGUAUACUUUCAUGUUGGAACCCUCAUUCGUUUAAGUAGAGAAUUGAAAACUUUCCAGAUUCACAAGUGUAAAGUUGGUUGAAUAGUUG